AUGGCGCCCACCUUCCUCUGCAGGGCCUUUGGGCCGGGCGGCGGCGGCAGCCAGGCCGUCGGGGCACGCGGAAGCCAGAGCUUUGCGUCAGUGUUUAGGGAACUCAAAGAAGCCCUGAUGCCUGUCAAGUUUAAUAGAUGGGGUCUCCCUGAAGUCCAUCCAGAAACGAUGCAAACAAGUGAGCCCUGGGUGUUUGCAGGGGGGGACAUUGGUGGCCUUGCUAACACUACAGUGGAAUCAGUAAACGAUGGAAAACAAGCUUCCUGGUACAUGCACAGAUACAUACAGUCUUUAUAUGGUGCUGCUAUUUCAUCCACUCCAGAACUACCACUCUUCUAUACACCUAUUGAUUUGGUAGACAUCAGCGUAGAAAUGGCCGGGUUGAAGUUUUCAAAUCCUUUUGGUCUUGCUAGUGCAACUCCUACUACUAGUUCUUCAAUGAUUCGAAGAGCUUUUGAAGCUGGAUGGGGCUUUGCUGUCACUAAAACAUUCGCCCUGGAUAAGGAUAUUGUGACCAAUGUUUCUCCGAGGAUUGUGCGUGGAAUUACUUCAGGUCCGAUAUACGGCCCAGGCCAAGGCUCAUUUCUGAACAUUGAACUGAUCAGCGAGAAAACAGCAGCUUACUGGUGUAAAAGUAUUGCUGAAUUAAAAGCUGACUUUCCAAACCACAUUCUAAUUGCCAGUAUCAUGAGCACCUAUAGCAAGAGUGACUGGACUGAACUUUCAAAAAUGGCUGAGGUGGCUGGUGCAGACGCCCUGGAGCUGAAUUUGUCGUGUCCCCAUGGGAUGGGAGAGAGAGGCAUGGGCCUGGCCUGCGGGCAGGAUCCAGAGCUGGUGCGGAACAUCUGUCGCUGGGUUAGACAAGCUGUUCAGAUUCCUUUCUUUGCCAAGCUGACCCCAAAUGUCACCGAUAUUGUGAAAAUCGCGUUGGCUGCACAGGAAGGUGGCGCAGAUGGUGUCACAGCCACCAACACCGUGUCGGGCCUGAUGGGACUGGACGCGGACAGCACGCCAUGGCCAGCAGUCGGGAGAGCUCAGAGGACCACAUAUGGUGGUGUGUCAGGAAAUGCCAUUCGACCCAUUGCCCUCCGUGCAGUGUCUGCUAUAGCCCGGGCUAUUCCAGGAUUUCCCAUCUUAGCAACUGGAGGAAUCGACUCUGCUGAAAGUGGGCUCCAGUUUCUGCACAGCGGCGCUUCUGUUUUACAGGUGUGCAGUGCAAUCCAGAAUCAAGAUUUCACUGUUAUUGAUGACUACUGUACUGGACUGAGAGCCCUCCUUUACCUGAAAAGUAUUGAGGAACUUGAAGACUGGAAUGGACAGAGUCCUACUACCAUGCGCCAUCAGAAAGGAAAACCAGUACCUAGAAUUGCUGAUCUGAUGGGAAAGAAACUACCUAGUUUUGGGCCUUACCUGGAACAACGCAAAAAGAUAAUAGCUGAGAACAAGCUGAAACUGAAGGAACAGAGCACAGCUGCUUUGCUCCCUGGGAAAAAGCAUUUCAUUCCAAAGAAGCCCAUUCCAGCAAUCAAGGAUGUAAUUGGGAAAGCACUGCAGUAUAUUGGAACAUAUGGCGAGCUCAGCAACACAGAGCAAGUUGUGGCUGUGAUCGACGAGGAAACGUGCAUCAACUGCGGCAAAUGUUACAUGACCUGUAAUGACUCCGGCUACCAGGUGGUGCAAACAGAUGUCCCGAGCAGCGGGUUGUGCCCCAGCGAGCGGCCCGGCCAGGUCGCGAGGCUGCCGGCGCCGCUCGGCAAGGCCUAG